CCCAUGCGGAAGGGCCUUCGUUCAGCAAGGGAUGCAGACUUCUUUACAAAUUUUGUUGAAAACUUCGUGAAAAUUCCACCCAAACAAGACGUUUAACACAGUGACCAGCCAUGGCGCAGGCAGCGCUCAGUGACCAGGAGGAGAUGUGCACCAACUUCAGCUUCCCUUCCCAUGGCAACAAGAUCCUCCAGAGCCUGAACAAGCAGCGUCUGGACUCCUCUCUGUGUGACGUGACCAUCACGGUGCAGGGGCAGCAGUACAAGGCACACAAGUCUGUCCUGGCAGCCUACAGUCCCUACUUCCACGGCAUGUUCACCGUCAACUGGCUCUCCAGCGAGGGGGACCUCGUCAUGGAGCUGGACGGGGUGACGUCGCGUGCGUUCGACUCCCUCCUGAAGCUGAUCUACACGUCCGUCCUCACCGUCUCACCUGCCAUCAUCUCCGAGGUCGUAUCCGCGGCGACGUACCUGGACAUGCCGGACGUCGUGGCCGUCUGUAACCAGUACAUGGACAAAAACCUCGCGCUGAAAACCGCCGCCGCCAGAAAGGACUACAGCACGGGCCCUGCUGGGUUGGAAGUCGGGGACUCUGAUGAUGAUGAUGAUGUGGACACGGAGCCGGCCAUCUUUGCCAACGCAGAAGACGACUGGACGGUCAACCUGCAGGACAUCAGCUCAGCCGCACGGACAGGGGAGGCAGGUAUGAAGCCUGCGGGGGCAGAAGAGACGGUUUCGGAGCCGCCCAAGCCGAAGAAGAAGCGGCGCUGGAAGGACGAGCACGGUUCGUUCCAGUGCGAGACGUGCGGGAAGCUGUACACCUCGCGGGCGUCCUACAGGCAGCACAUGUACGGGCACCGCAGCGGCAAGAAACACACAUGCAUGGUGUGCAGUAAGCGGUUCACGUACGCGUCGCACCUGCAGACCCACAUGUCUGUCCACUCGCUGGACCGGCCGCACAAGUGUCCGCAGUGUCCCGCCAGCUUCAAGAGGAAGGACCAGCUCAAGUUCCACCUCAGGAUCCACUCGGGCUUCAGACCCUACCAGUGCAAGCUGUGUGAGAGGAACUUCUACCACUCAGGGUCCUACAAUGAACACAUGAAGGUCCACACGGGGACAAAGGCUCACCACUGCCGCUACUGUAACCGGGGGUUCACCAGCCGUAACAACAUGCUGCGUCAUCAGUCACUGCACCAGGCCGAUGGCAAGUUCAAGGUGGCCUACAAAUGUAAGGAGUGCAAGGCCAAGUUCCCCACCAGGAAGAUGGUCGCCCUGCACCAGAAACAGGAGCACGGUGACAAGAAGUGCUUCGUCUGCGGAGAGAUGUGUAAGGGUGGGAGGGACGGUCUGAUCGAGCACACGAGAUUCCUGCAUUCUGGGGAGAAAAAACGUCUUGCCGACGGAAACAGCGCGUCCGGAACACAGCCUAGCGUUUCCUACCAAUGUGACAUGUGUGAGAACGUGUUUAACACGAGGGCGGACUUAGUAGAACACGUGAAGACGCACGCGAGUGAUCCGCUGCUGAAGUGCCCGUACUGUCAGGAGAGGCACCGGGGCACCUACAGGCUGAAUGUGCACAUGAACAUGCACGCCGGACAGAGGAUGAUGGUGCCCAAAGUGGACACCAGCGGCGGCGCGAUCGUUAUCGUCAUGCCGGGAGGAACGCAGGGACAGGAGGGUGAUCAUGAGACGUUAAAGAGUUCACAGGACGUGGAGGAGACGACUGCAGAAACUUCAGCAGCAGAGAAGGUGGUGGUACCUGAAGGAGGGAAAGUCUGUCUGUUGGAGGACGUUCCAGAGAGUCCAGAUAAGGAGGAAGGGGCCAAGACAGGCAGAGGAAAACGGGUCUCCCGACCCUCCCUGUCCCCGGGUUACCGACCCAUCCUCCCCAGCAGUGCUAUGAACCCACCUUCUAGCAGAGGAAAACGCGUCUCCCGACCCUCCGUGUCCCCAGGCUACCGACCCAUCCUCCCCAGCAGUGCCAUGAACCCACCCGGCACCACCCCGGUCCGACCCAGGACUCAGCAGCCCAUUAUCAUACUACAGGGCCAGGCGGGGGUGAUGCAGCAGCCUGUGGUUAUGGCACUGCCCCCAACAUCACCCGGUCUCGUCAUGAUGCCGAGACAACAUGUGGGAGGGAUGGUAGUCCCACAACAGACUGGCAAUGUUGUCUUGGCUGCUAAACCUGGACAGUAG